AAACAGCGACGCGACGCUAUAUAGGAGCGAGUGCCGCGUAUAGUGAUAGAAGUCGUCCAGCAACGCCAUGGGUCCUGAAGCGUUCGUCGUGCUGUUGGCAGCACUGCUGCUGUGCCAAACCGCCUGCCACCCCAGCGUGCCGGGAGACUACACGGACGACUCGUGGGAGAAGGAGGCUGGGCUGGCGGACCAGGCGUGGCUGCCCUACAGCAAACGGGGUUGCGUGCGCCGCGGCGGCAACUGCGACCACCGGCCCAAGGACUGCUGCUACAACAGCGCGUGCCGCUGCAACCUGUGGGGCAGCAACUGCCGCUGCCAGCGCGCCGGCCUGUUCCAGCAGUGGGGCAAGUGAGGCGUCCGUCGUUCCGGCCUACACCCCACCGUUACCUUUUAUACCAGACUUAGUUGAUCUUGUUUUACAACGCAUCCAUUAUCUGUUAUGUACACAAUUUGGUAUCGCAUAAAAAUUUAAGGCAGAUUCUCAACUUGUUUUUUUUUCAUACCUUGUGCAUUACAAAUUAAAAACACUUGUACACAGUUUUUAAAUGUGUACUAAUGUGUGUUGGGAGAGGUAGGGCAGAAUGGUGAAUAAUAUGUAAGUUAUCAUCGCUUGGUCCAGAGUACUGUUAUGUUACGUUGUUUUGACUUAAGAAUGAGACAUUAAAUGGGACAUAUAAUUUUGAAA